AUGUCUAUGCUCAGGACUGUGAAGCCGAAGAACGCUCGUGUGAAGCGUGCGUUGGAGAAGAGGGAACCGCAAGUCAUCGAAAAUGAAAAGACUGCCAUCUUUGUCAGAGGGCAGGCCACCAGUGACAUGGUCCGAAACACCAUGAAGGAGCUUUACGCCCUCAAGCGCCCCCAGGCUAUCAACUUUUCUCGAAAGAAUGACAUUCACCCUUUUGAAGACCCCGCCUCCCUCGAAUUCUUUGCUGGCAAGAACGAUGCGAGUUUGUUCGUCACCGGCAUGCACAGCAAAAAGAGACCGAACAACCUCGUGUUCACGAGAAUGUUUGAUGGACGGGUCUUGGAUAUGAUCGAGCUUGGUGUAGAUGGGUUCAAAUCCAUGGAUGACUUCCCUACAUUGAAGUCUUCCCUCGGUGUUAGACCAAUGAUGGUCUUCCACUCUGACCUCUUUGACACCCACCCCACAUAUCAACACCUUAAAUCGCAAUUCCUCGACUUUUACAACGGCCACCCCGUUUCAGAAGCUCCCCUCCUCACCACACUUGAACACGUCAUCUCCAUCACCGCCGGUCCCGUAUCUGACGAGACCCCUUUGCCCAAAGUGCACUUCAGAGUGUACACCACCAAGCUUCUGGCGAGCGGCACGAAAGUCCCGAGGAUCCAACUCACAGAGAUGGGUCCGUCGAUCGACUUCUGCGUCAGGCGAGUACAAGAGGCAGACGAGGAGAUGAUGAAGCACGCGAUGAAGAGACCCAAGCUGGCCAAGACCGAUAUCGAGAAGGGUUUGGGCAAGAAGAGAAAGAACAUCGAGACCGACGAGAUGGGAGACAAGGUCGGAAAGAUUCACUUGGGCAAGCAAGACUUGGAGAGCCUGCAGAGCAGGAAGAUGAAGGGUCUGAAGGUGCACAAGGAGAAGAAGACGAAAGAGGCCAAGGAGGCCAAGGCAGCUGCGAGGGAGGCAGAGGCCAUGGAGGAGGAUUAA